AAUUUAGUAUUAUCGUAGACAUUUGAAAAGAAAGAACAAUCUAUAUGUAGGAAAGAUUUCCCAAAAUGGAAAUUAAAGCUCAACCUAAUAAUAGUUCCCCGAAUAGUAACUCCAAACCAUGUGAAGCACCAGUGCUUAAUAUUUCAGGAAAGGUGGAACCGAAACAAAACACUCCCCGAAAUAAGUGUAUAAAACAACCAGCUACCGUUCCCUCUACAAUUGUGAACGUUCCCGAGCCGCCAAAAAUCAACCCGAAAUCAUUUCCAGUGAUCAUAGGAAGGGUCCUGCUAAAAACCAAUGACCAACCUGCAGUUGUGCCGAAAAUAAAUUUAGCUGACUUUGAGCAAAAUCUUUGCUUAUUAUCCCUAGAAAAGCCGGCUGAUAGAAAACGAGUGUACCACAUGUUCGUAUCCAAUGAAAAAGAGUUGGAAAAAGACUGCCAAAAAGUGCGAAAAAUGUACGAGAAUAGAAAAGACAUCAGGAUUGUGGACCAGAUGAUAUUAUACACCCUCUGUGCGCGAUCAUUGUAUCACAGAGUCCAAAAUAAAUUAACCGAUGUUGAGUGGAACAAGCAGCGCAAUAUUUUUGAGACUGAUAAGAACGGGGAAAAGGAUAUUUGGAAACUUUCUCAAAAAUUAUAUGAGUUAGAAAACGAAGAAAGGGCAAAGUUGUUCAAUUAUGCAAAGUUCUUGAGCGCCACAAAUAGCUGAAUAGCCAUAAUUUUUGAAACACCAUAUCUGAGGAAGCAAAACAAGAAGUCACCCAAAGUAAACGAACUCUUUA